AUGGAAGAAAUAUCAUCAAUAAUCAGGCAGCCAUUGAGGAUCAUUCAAGAGCUCCUCGCGAAAGAGCCAAACAUAACGGCUGAAGCUAUAUCAAAUCAUUUCGAGAAAUUACUACAAGAUCCUGAUUUGCUUCAUCAAAUCCCAAGCUUUAUUGGUUAUGGAAUUGGUCAGCACGCUCCAUAUUCGCUCGUGAGAUUCAGAUGCAUGAUACAGGACAAUGGACUUUCGCCACAAGUGCAUCUUCAGCAGAUGCAAAUCACGAAUGUCAUUACAAAGGAACAGACAUGUGUAAACACCUGGUUUGUCGAUGAACCACCACUCCCUGAAGGACAAGGAUGGAGCGAAGUGUCUCCUUUCGGAUCAUACGUAGACAAACAACCAUACUUUGCUGUUGGAGUUCCUGCUUUAAGCGCCUGGACUCAAUCACAGUCGUCUGAGACAGAGGAACUCGAGAGCAAACUGGAAGGGUUAUCUCUCGACACACCUCGAAAGACUCUGCCCGAUCAUAUCGCCAAGAAGAUCUCUAGCUCAGUCAACAGGCAAGCAGCUGCUAUACUGAAGGUGUAUCCAUCCAUUCCAGAUUUGAGUGACUUGAAGCUCAAUCAGGUGCUUGAUGUUAUUGGGAUUGUCGAGUAUCCUCAACCAUCAGAGAAUAUGGAAGAUUCUCUGGCAUUUGAUGAAGAUGAUUUCUCAUCAGUGCCAAUCAUUAAUGCUCUGGUUGCUCGCAAAGUGGUUGAUUUGUCGUGUGUUGACGAUUGGGCAGCCAUUGCGUCUCAAGUGUCUAGCGUUGAUGCCACUGCUUUGAGAAACGCCAUGAUUGAAUCCAUAUCGACUUUUGUAUUGGGAGACCGUUUGGCUGCUGAAUAUCUUUGGCUGUACAUGUUUUCCACGAGACUAUCUGAUCAAAACCGUCUAAUGCAGCCAUUAAAUCUGACGGGAUAUGCUACAUUAACCGAACAAACGUUGGAUAUUAAACGCCUUUUUUCAUUGCUCCUUCCUCAAGUAUCGUAUAUUCCAUUGUCGCUCGAGUAUUUGAACAAACAGUACUUUGCAUCGGGUACAAACCCUGGAGCCACAGGUCUCUCUGCCGGAGAACUGCAAGUAGCAGAUGGAACGUUGCUUCUACUUGAUGAAACGCGGAUGGAAGCUGGGAAGCUCGAGGAGCGAGGGAUUGCCAACUUGGCUAGUGUAGAGAACCUGUUACGAUACGGAAUGGUGCCGUAUGCUCUUGGUACACAACAUAUAGACGUUGCCAUGAAUGUUGGUGUGGUGAUAUUGAGUAACUCAAGUUGCAUGUUUUCGGUAGAUGUAGAAGUCCCUAUGGUGGCCAGUGCUGACGGCCCAUCUCCAAGCGACUUCUCGAAAGAUUUGCUUGAAACUGCUCGCAAAUUCAUUGCAGUCUACAAGAAUGAAGAAUACAGCAUUCCUGAACCAAUGGAAUUGACUAUUCAAAACUACUUUGCCAAUGUGAGAGCUGAAGAGCACCGCAACAGACAACCUCUGACAGGUCAAGCAGAGCUUAUGAGAUUGCUCGCUCUUGCUCGGCUUGUAACAUUGUCAGUUGGCAAGACCCAGCUUAUGGAAAAUGCAUGGAACCACGCAAUUACUUUGGAAGCGACAAGGAAGGCCAGAAUUCAGGCUAGAGAUACUGCUACUCGUGAUAAACAUGUCCCAUCUCGUUGA